AUGAUUAUAUUAUUAUUUUCUAUUGCAAGUUCUCAACUCAUUUUUGAUCUCAAAAGAGAUCUUCAUUAGACAGAGUAUUUAAUUACAUUGGAGAUUGAUACCCAAAGUAAAAAAAACGAUUUUGUUGUUGACACAGGUGCUCCUUACACUAGUUUUAUUUGUGAUUAAGUAAAAAUUGAUUACAAUAAUUAGUCAUCUAAUUAGGAAAAGUUCAAAAGUUUAGGUUGUGAGAAUGUAUUCUCAACUUAUGAUGGACAAUGGUCAUGUGUGAUAAACGAAUCUCAUCAAAUUAAAAUUGGAAAUAACUCUAUUGAUUUUAAUUUUGGGUGUGUUUCAAAUGAUGCAACUUAGAUUUUAGGAAUGGGAAAUAAUAAUUCUUUUAUAAAAGGUCUAUAUGACAAUUCUUUAGUGACAAGUAAAAACUAAAUAUUUUCAAUAUUAUUAAAAUAAGAUAAAGGAAUUUUAACAAUAGGUUAAGACUAUCCAAAUUAUGAAGAAGUCUCUAUUCCUAUUAAUAUUUACUCCUAGUAUUAUUAAGUUGAUUUAGCUAGUAUCAAGGUAUAAUUAUUCAUAUUUUUAGGAUGAUAAAGAUUCUUUGAAUUUUUAAUUUAAUGAAAUUAAUAACUAUGAAAUAAUAAUAGAUUCAGGGAGCACAUUAAUUGUUAUGGAUUCAGAAUUGCUGUAAUUAUUUAAUAAAUCUUUUCUUAAAUGUGAAACAGAUCCUAGAGGAUGUCCCUAAUAAUUUUAACUUCUAGGAAAAUAAUGCUUUUUAUAUGACCGAACUCAUUAUGGAGAUAUUUCAAAUUUUUUUGAUACAUUUCCAGAGUUUAGUUUCAAUUUUAGAAAUGGUUAUAUAUUUAAGUUAAAUGCUAAAGAUUAUUUGUUGAAACUUAAUUUUUACAAUUAUGAAAACUUUUAUUGCCUACCUUUUAUAGAUUUUUCAAGAAAUUAUUAAACUAAAUACAAAAAAAUUCUUCUGUUAGGAUAACCUUUUAUGAAUAAUAAAGAAUUUUAUUUUGAUUUGACUAACUAAGCAAUUUAUGUUAAAAAUGCAGAAAUAUAAAUUGAAUUUACUUCGAAAAUUUUUGAGCAUACGACUUUAUACAUUCAGAUAGGUUUUUUAAUUGGAAUUUAUUUAUUCUACAGAUUAUACUCAACUUAGAUAAGAGGAAUGUUGAGAGGGGGAUUAGGAAAUUAAGGAAUUAAUGCAUAUGGUUGA